AUGAAAGCAGCUUCUCGGCGGCAUCAAAAUUUCACUGAAUCUCCUUACCUCCGAUCGGGCAAAGCUGACAGCAGCUUCUCUCCUGGUGUGAACGCAACCGGUCCAGCCCAUACCAGUGCCAACCCCAACCGUGCUAAUUUCAUGGGAUUGUCUUCCCCUGAUUUUCGUAACAAAAAUAAGGAGGUGAUUGUUUAUAGUAAUCAAGAAGAAGAUGCUGAUGAGUUGGCACAAACAGAGUUAAAAAGGAAAAGAUUUGCUAGUGUUUUAAAUAAUGAAGCCCAAUCUACUACUAUGGGCCACGUUAACAUCAUGGGCCAUGCUACUACUACGGGCCACACUAACACUAUGGGCCAAAUUCAUAUUGAUCCAAAAAACUUGCAUUCGAUAAAAUACAAGCUCGGUUUUGAAGGAGCUUACUGUGUGGAAGUUGUUCGUGCUCCUAAUUGCAUCCCUUGGCGUUUGACUGGUAUCUAUGGGGAACCAAAUCGAAGCUUUCGGUUCAAAACUUGGAAACUCAUUGAUUCUUUAGCCGCUUCUUCUCAACUCUUGUGGUGUAUUAUUGGUGAUCUCAACAACAUUGGUGAUCAAUCUGAGAAGCGAGGAGGUAGACUUUAUCCACAUUCUCUUAUUCAUGGCUUUCAGAGUGUUCUUGGAAGAUGCAAUCUUGUUGACUUAAAGCUUCAUGGCCACCCUUACACUUGGGAAAGAGGGAAAGGCACGGCUAACUGGGUUGAAAUCAGGUUGGAUAAAGCACUUGUGUCUCAGCUUUGGCUUGAUUCUUUUCCACAAGCUGUCUUAACCAAUUGUGAUAUUUCUUCUUCUGAUCAUACGCCCAUUUUUCUUCAGCCUGAGCCGACUGCUGUAACUAGCUUUGUGUAUCAUUUUAAGUUUGAAAAUGCUUGGACUCGUGAGCCUCUCUGUAGUCAAAUUGUUCAAUCUUGUUGCGAGGACUUUCCUCAUGCGUCUUUUUCGGAGAAAAUAAAGCAAUGCAGCCUCCUGUUAGCCGAUUGGGGUAGGAGUCUCACUUGCAAUUUUAAGCAGAAAAUCAAAAGAAGCAAAGCCAAUCUUUCUGCUUUAAAAGGUAAAACCGAUCCCACCUCUGUACAUGAUUUUUGUCAAGAGCAAAAUAAUUAUUUUGAGAUCCUUGCCCAACAAGAAUUAUACUGGAACCAGCGAUCAAAGCAAUUCUGGCUUAAUAGUGGUGAUAAAAAUUCUAAGUUCUUUCAUGCUAUGGCUAGUUCAAGGAAAAGAGCCAAUAACAUUCAUCAAUUACAAAGAGCUGACGGGUCAUGGGCUACUUGGGAUAAUGGUUUGCAAGAUAUUAUUGUUCAGUAUUUUCAAGAUAUCUUUACUGCUAGAAAUCCUAACUUUGAUUAUGUCACAGCUGGUAUAAGGUGCUUUAUCACUGAUUUACACAAUGAUAUGCUUUUGCAACCGAUCAGUGAUGAUGAGGUUCGACUUGCUCUCCUCCAAAUGCAUCCUGAUAAAGCACCGGGGCCUGAUGGCAUGGGACCUGGUUUCUUUCAGAAACACUGGCAUAUUGUGGGUUCAGAUGUUAUUUCUCUUGUGAGAGAUUUCUUUGAAACAAGCUCUUUCCCCGAAAGCCUCAAUGACACCAGCUUGGUUCUCAUUCCUAAAAGAAAGACUCCAGUUACCAUGGGUGAUCUCCGUCCUAUUGCUUUGUGUAAUGUUGCAUACAAAAUUACUGCCAAGGUGCUUGCCAACAGAAUGAAACCUCUACUUGAUCAGGUAAUCUCCCCUACUCAAAGUGCCUUUAUUCCCGGACGCCUUAUUUUUGAUAAUAUAAUGAUAGCUUUUGAAGUUAUGCAUUACUUGAAACAUAAAGUUCAAGGAAAGAAAGGCUAUAUGGCACUUAAGCUUGACAUGAGCAAAGCCUAUGAUCGAGUAGAAUGGGGUUAUCUACGGGCGGUUAUGCUUCAAAUGGGAUUCAGUCUUCGAUGGGUUAAUCUGAUAAUGUCUUGUGUGACCAGUGCUCGCUAUUCUAUUAUUCAUGGUGGCCAUGUCAUGGGACCCAUCCUUCCCACUCGUGGUAUUCGACAAGGCGAUCCCCUAUCCACUUACUUGCUCAUCAUUUGUGCUGAAGGUUUCUCGGCUCUCAUUUCCAAGUUCGAAAGUGACACAUUGUUGCAAGGCUGCCGUGUUGCUAACGAUGCUCCCACCAUAUCUCAUAUGUUGUUUGCUGAUGACAGCUACCUCUUUUGCCAAGCUAAUUCGGGUGCAGCACGCAGUGUCAUGACUCUUCUUCGUCGAUUUGAAACUGCUUUCGGUCAACAGGUUAAUCUCACAAAGUCUUCCAUUUUCUUCAGUCCAAAUGUCCAACAUGUUGUUCAGCACCAGAUAUGCUCACUUCUUGGUAUGGAUGAAGCUUUUGACAACAGCUUUUACCUGGGUCUACCAAACAUCAUUGGGCGAAAUAAAAAAUCAAUCCUUGGUUUUCUGAAGAAUAAAGUGAUUAACAGAAUCAAUAGUUGGACUGGAAAAUUAUUAUCUGGCGCUGGUAAAGAAAUUCUGUUGAAGACGGUUGUCCAAUCCCUUCCUACUUAUGCUAUGAGUGUGUUCCUUCUUCCUUUGGGUACCUGUGAUGAAAUUGAAAAACUUAUGGCUCGUUUCUGGUGGAAGACUACUGGUAGCAAAGGCAACGGUAUUAAUUGGAUGAAUUGGAAUCGACUCUCUCAACCAAAACAUGAAGGCGGUUUGGGUUUUCGUCUCCUCCAUGAUUUCAAUCUUGCUAUGCUUGCUAAGCAAGGUUGGAGAUUUUUGACACACCCGAACUCUUUGGUUUCUAGAAUCUACAAGGCUUGUUAUUUCCCACAUGAUGACUACCUAUCGGCCGAUCUUGGAAGGAAUCCAAGCUUUGUUUGGAGGAGUAUUUGGCAAGCUCAGUCUUUAGUUCGUUUGGGGGCUAGACGAACCAUUGGUAAUGGUUUGACGGUCAGUAUCUUACACCAACCUUGGCUGCCUCAUUCCACUAACCCAUAUGUCACUUCCUCUCAUGUGGGUCUAAUUGGUCAUACUGUGAGUUCUCUUUUCUCUGUUGAUGCUGGAACUUGGGAUAUUGAACUUGUCCAGGAUAUGUUCAACCACCGUGAUGCUGAUCUUAAUCUUAGUAUUCCACUGAGCUUCUCGGCUUCAGGUGACUUUUGGUCAUGGUCUGGCGAACAUUCUGGUCUCUUUUCUGUCAAAAGUGCCUAUCGCAUGCUUCUGGAUAACAAGGAUCCACGGUCAGUUUGCCAUUCUGCUCCAGAGACAAUAUCUCAUGCUCUUCUUUCUUGUCAUUUUACUUCAUGCUGUUGGAAUUCUAUGGGUCUGCCUGCUGGAAUUGCUCUUGAUGACUCCUUUCCAACCUGGUUAGAUAAUAUUUUUCACAAACUUGAUGAUGAUCGUGUUUGCCAGAUGGUUAUGGUUUGUUGGUCUCUUUGGAAAGCAAGAAACUCUAUUGUUUGGAAAAACAAAGCUCUCACUGUUGCAAAUGUUUUAGCUUCAGCACGGAUAUCUCUUGAUCAUUGGAUUAAAGCUCAGGAUAACACUUCCCUAUCUUCCAUUAAUUUCCAUAAUAAUGGAGAUGGGGCUGAGCUAUGGACUAAACCGGAUACAAACACAAUCAAGAUAAAUGGUGAUGCUGCUACAUUUGCUAUUGAGAACAGAUAUGGUUAUGGAAUGGUUGCAAGAAAUGACUCAGGCAUCAUUAUUGACGGUAAAGCUGGUUGUAAUACUGGGACCUUUACUCCUGAAGUUGCAGAAAUAAUUGGCAUCAAGGAAGCCUUAAGCUGGAUUAAAACUCAUAACUGA